UGGGCGGGGCGGGCGCGCGGGCGGGUGCUGCUCCCGCUGCUCCGCCGCGGGCCCUGGAGACGCGAUGGGGAAGAAGCAGGUGGUUAGCGAGGCUCAGCAUCCUCCACGAGCCCUGCCACCUGUGCCGAGUGUGAUUCAAGAAGAUGUACCGCCUAGCCAUCCUAAGAAGAAGAAACCCAGAGCGAAAAGCACGUUAGGUCCUGCUUCUUCGGAAGGCCUUGCUGAGCCCGUUGCCCAUAGGCGAUCUGAGAGCAGUGAACCACCAGCUGCGGAGCUCAAGGGACACCCAGAGGCUCCUGUUCCGAGGAGACAGAAGAAGAUCAGGCCGCCUCCUGAGUUGGAGACGUCCUUCAGUGAGAAGCCAUCCAGUCCAUCUUUACUGCGGAAUGAAAAUGGCAUCGAGAUGGAGCCGCCUGCGGAGGCCGUUCUUCCCAAACCGCGGAGGAAGGCAAAGAAAACCCAGCCAGCAGAACUACAGUAUGCUAAUGAGCUAGGCGUGGAAGAGGAAGACAUAAUUACGGAUGAGCAACGUACGCUAGAACAGCAUUCUCGGUUCACGGCACCCACUGGUGUCAGCCAGCCUGUCGGCAAAGUAUUUGUGGAAAAAAGCCGGAGGUUUCACGCGGCAGACCGUUCGGAGCUGAUAAAGACCACAGAAAACAUAGACGUGUCGAUGGACGUGAAGCCGUCCUGGACCACUCGGGAUGUGGCCCUCUCAGUGUACCGAGCUUUCAGGGUGAUUGGUCUGUUUUCUCACGGCUUCCUGGCUGGCUGUGCCGUGUGGAACAUUGUCGUGAUCUAUGUUCUGGCGGGAGACGAGCUGUCUGGCCUCUCCAACCUCCUGCAGCAGUACAAGCCCCUGGCGUACCCGUUGCAGAGCCUCCUCUACCUGCUGCUGGCUCUGAGCACUGUGUCAGCCUUUGACAGGACCGACUUUGCGAAAACCUCAGUAGCCAUCCGGAACUUCUUGGCACUGGAGCCCACAGCUUUAGCUUCUUUCUUGUACUUUGCUGCUCUAGUACUGUCUCUGAGUCAGCAGAUGACAAGUGACAGGAUCCACCUGUACACGCCGCCUGUUAACGGGAGCCUCUGGGCAGCAGAAACCGAGGAGCAGAUUCUUGUGCCGUGGAUCAUCGUGAACCUGGUAGUGGCCCUUCUGGUUGGGUUAUCCUGGCUCUUUUUGUCUCACAGACCAGCCAUGGAUCUUAGUGAAGAGCUGAUGUUCUUCUCUGACGUGGAAGAGUACCCUGAUAGGGGAAUCCAGGCGUCUUCAUAGUGCCAACACCGUCUCUGCAGCAAAGAACGCACUUCCUCGCUCUUGUUUUUAUAAGAUGUGUGCGUGCGUGUGUGUGUGUGUGCAAUUGAGCUUUUGUUAUAUGAUGCUGAAAGACUUGUGAAGAUUAUGAAAAACAUUUAAAUCGUACCUGGUCUUUAUACCCAGCAUUAAUUUCUAUAGUAUUGUCUGCCACCUUAGCGAUACAGGAGAUAAUGGGCUAAAAAAGCAGGGGGAAGUGUUUGAUCCUGUUCUCUCAAAUUUGCUAUAUUAAUAAUCAUAAUAAAAAGCACCAAUUUAGAAAAGCCAUAACUUCAGUGUUACAAAAUAUACAUCACGUUUCAAUGUAAAUGUAGAGAAUAGGGUGGAAGGGGAAACACCUUCAUUUUGUAUUUUUUAGUCUCCUUAUUGAACACACUACAGUAUAAAAUCUGUGUUUUCUGAAUCUGCGUAUCAUGUAAUAAUUAUAAUUUGAAUUGAAAGAUAUUUUUCUUUAUGGCUAAUAAAACAGAUAUAUUUCUGUUUGAAAAGCUUUUUAAAAGUUUUAUUUUUCUCUUUUAAAAC